CAAUUCACCCUCAGAGAUUUAAUACCUUAAUAGUUAAACAAACAAUAAAGAAUCCUCUCAAUAAAUAGAGAGUUCAUUUCCUUGAAUCUAAUACAAAAGAGAUAAAGACAUCACUCAAUCCGACCAAAGUUUUACAAAACAAAUUGUUAACCAAGCUAUGUCUCCUUCAAACUCUUCCUCCUCACCAGAAACUGAUCAGGGACUCAAUGAUAUUGGUGUGGCCGUGUUGGAGAAGAGUACAAUGACUAAUCCGAAACAAGUGUCUCCUCAAGAGGUUGUCCCUGAAGUGAUCAACCCGAAACAAGUGUCUUCUCAAGAGGUCGUGCCUGAAGUGAACAAUCCAAAACAAGUGUCUCCUCAAGAGGUCGUGCCUGCUGUGAACAAUCCAAAACAAGUGUCUCCUCAAGAGGUUGUGCCUGAAGUGAACAAUCCAAAACAAGUGUCUCCUGAUCAAGAGGUCGUGCCUGAAGUGAACAAUCCUAAACAAGAGUCUCCUCAAGAGGUCGUGCCUGAAAGGAAGAACACUGAGGUUGUCUCUGGAAGGAAGAAGACUCAAGAGAGGCCAAGUUUCGAGUUACGUGUUCUCCGAUCAAUAAACAAGUUGAUAAAAAAAUAUCCACCGAAGGAUACUAAUGCAAAGAGAGGAGGGUUCCCACACGCUAACUCCCUAUGCGCUCACCAAAAAACCCACAAACAUGUGGAUCCAAGCUAUUCUCCGGGGCCAUGCUUUUGGAAUAAGCCUUGUAACUCUUACCAAGGUACGUCUAACUCGGUCGUCGACUUUGGUGUGUCUUCACGAGAUGCUUUAUCAAAUGGGAUCUCUCGCGGUAGCGUCAGGAACAUGGGCAUUGGCGAGGCCAUGGGUUAUCCUUGUGCUCCUCCAUACGGGAGGACUAGCUAUGGUUUUUCUUCAGGGUCUCCCUUAGUCACUCACAACUAUAAUCGCCCUAAUUUAUCAGAUUUUAACCGUAGUGGACUCUCUUUUGGUCCUUUUAAGCCUAGUGGAGGCGGUAGUAACAGUAACUACCCAUCCUUGUUCAAUGGUGGAUUCACCAUGGCUACUCAUGCGGCUCCAAACCGUCCUUUCAUAGGGAACCCUAGCUAUGGCUCCUUGCCAUCUCACGGUCAUGGCCCACAUGAUUCAAUAACUUUGAACUCUAUUGCUCUACCUAAUAAUACCUUAGGAAGAUGUAACAAGAACAACAACAACAGUAGCUCACAAGGUGCAAUAUCACUUGAGCUCUCUCUUGGUCCAUCUAAGUGGAUGGGAGGAGGAAGCAACGUUAACAGCAGCGUUUACCCAUCGUUGGAUGGUGGAGUCACUGGAGGAGGAAGCAUGGACCUGAACAUGCCAGUGCGUCCACUAGUGUCUCGAUAUCAUGUUUACAGCAAUUACCCGCUUGAUUCAGGCACUAGAAACGUUCUUCCCUGAUACGUUCAAA